ACAAAUUAUUUGAACUUCUUUAACAAAUAACAAAUGUCCCUUAUGCAAAUCUGCAAUUAUACCACACACAAAAGACUCAUAUGAGAUACAAGUUCUAACCAAACAUGAAUGCAACUUUCAUACCUUAUAGAUUAAGAAACAAAUUUAAAAUAUAUAUUUGCCUUUCUCCUAAGCUAUCCACGUGGAAAGUCACUCUCUGACAGACUGACACGUGUCUCUCUUCUGCGAAAUGCGACGCAUCACUUGAGCUUAUCGGUACUGGAUUUUAUUUCUUUGGCUGGACUUGAGUUUAACUUUUGGCUUAUUCUAUGAACAAUUGACAGGGUUUUUUACUCUUUAAUAUUGUUGAAUGUGUUAAUUAUUUCUUAAUACAUAGUACAUAAAAAAAACACGUUACGAUAUGGACGUUAUAUUAUCAUCAAAGCAAUCUUUACCCUAUAUACCUCAUCCUGUGAUAAUUUAUAAAUUAGCAACGAAUCUAUGAGUUCAACAAAAUUGCAAUUACCUACGUUAGAAUUUUAAGUAUAUAAACAGUCAACAGUAGUGUGUUGAAUAUUAUAUAAUUAUAUUCAUAUGAUUUAAAAGCCUUUAUAAAUUUUUAUUUUUAAACAUACACCAAAAAAUUUAUGAAAGUAAAUAUCUAUUCAGAUUCUCAACCACUUCAAAUACCACCAACGCCAAAAAAUUUUAAUCAAGUGCACGAAAACUAUAAUAUAUUUAAAACUACAAUAAAUACAUUAGUUAAUGAAAACUCCUUUUAAAAAAAUAUUAUGGAUGCAUACAUAAAUAUUAGAAGAAAUGUAUAAAAGGAAAUAAAAGUAACAAUAACUUGAAAAACAAAAUGUAUAAGACUGAGAAUAUUUAUGAUUUGUGGUCUAAGAUAUAUUCAACUUAUUGUCCUAAUCAAAGUGGAAUAAACAUUGAAUAAUAAUUUUUUUUAAAAUUAUGUAUAUACAUAGAAAUAUUUUUAGUGGUAGGGUAUAUUUAUAAUUUCCAAUAUUUGGCCAAAUAAAGAAAAAGGAAACCUGCAUGUAUAUAACCAUGAAAAGAAAACUACUUUAAAUAACUUAAUCAAAACAAUAACCACAUACAACUAAACCCGAUGAACGUCCCAACCUCAAAAGAAAGAUGUUAUAGGAGCAAAAAUCCCAAGACAUGACAUAUAGUUUUGUACUAACAGCUUACCAACCAAUUUAAUUUACAUAGUUCAUUCAACAAUAAUCAAAGCAAGCAAAUAUUCCCAAUCAAAACAAAUAUUGGUAGCUUCAUAGUCUAUUUAGUAUUCAAAUACAUUAACAUGUACAAUAUUUAACUAAUAUGUAUAUUUUUAUAUGAUACAAAUUUAUAUUAAAAAUUUAUUCUAACUAUUUAAAUUGUUUUUAAAUUUUCAUCCCGCCCGUAGGGCGGGCCGACCCUAGUAAUGAAUAUAAUAAUACUCUGCAUUGUGCAGACGUUUAGUACGGAACGGAAACUUUUUAGGUACCUGAGCACGAUUAGAUAAAAACAUUAAUCAUAAGCAACAUCACGAGAAAAAAAUCAUUUCAUCAAGUCUAAAACGAAUUUGUUAUCCAUACUCGUGAUUUUCGCUAAUACGCUAUUUUAAUAAAGUAGAUGUAAUAAAGGAAAUAAAAGCAAUUUAGUUUUGCAGCUUUGCGUGUUCUUCUCAUGAAUUAACGAACUCUUCGCAUUUCCACGUAACGUUGUUUCGUGUAUUUCUCCAAUAAAAAUAUAUUAACCACUGGAAUUUCACUUUUCUAAAGUAUCUUUCAUUCUACUUCUCCUGAUUUCUCUUUCACACAAGAUAUUAUUUAUAUACUUUUUGGUUGAAUUAUUUAUAUAAACUUAUUUUCAAAGAUUUAGUUUUUGCUUGCGUUGUAAAGAACAAAAAGGUAUGCAUUUUUAAUUUGGAAAACAAAAGAUUAUGUUAGUUCUUUAACUUUCAAACAAAUUUACUAAAAAUAUGUAAAAUAUAAGAUUAGAUUAUGUUAACUUUUGAAUUCAGGACUAAACUCGAAUGAAUGUUUGAAAUCUUAAACAUCCGGAGCUGAGAAAAUGUAGUUUAUCAUGUAUUUAUUUCAUUUUGUAGCUGAGCAUUGCUUUCUAAUUCUAUUUUUCAUAUAUAUUGUAUAUGAACCUAAUAUUCCAUUUUAACAUAACAACAGAUCUUGGAUAUAUAGUUAUAUGUACCUUUUGAAUGAAUAAUAACAAACACGCAAAAAAAAAUUGACACCUAAUUUCUUAUUCAUUCAAAAGGUUGCUUUAUGUUCAUGCCAAAUCCAAUAAUCAUUUUUCUAUUCCAAAAAUUAGUAAGUAAACAAAUCUAACAAAACAAACAAAAAAAUCUCUUCUUAUACAUCACAAACACUAUAAAUGCAUUCCAUAACCGCUACAACUCCCCACACCAGCACCACUACCGCACUACUCCAUUCUUCUCUCUUUAAGCAUCUCUAAACAAGUGUACGUUAACGACAUACAAUGGCUUCCCUUCUUGUUCUCUUCGUCUUCUUCUUCAUCUCCUCUUGUUCUGCUCAAUCCUACAAUGUCUUGUCUUUCGGAGCUAAUCCGGACGGAAAAACAGACGCAACUAAAGCGUUUAUGGCGGUUUGGGAAACCGCUUGUGCCUCGUCUCGUCCAGUAACCAUUGUAGUUCCUAAAGGCCGGUUCUUGUUAAGGAGCCUUAACUUCGACGGUUCCAAGUGCAAGCCUAAGCCUGUUACAUUCCGUAUCGACGGUUCGUUGGUCGCUCCGGCUGAUUAUCGAGUAAUCGGAAAUGAAGACUACUGGAUUUUUUUCCAGCAUCUCGACGGCGUCACCGUCUACGGCGGAGUUCUUGACGCUCAAGGAACUUCUCUAUGGGAUUGUAAAAAAUCCGGCAAGAAUUGCCCCAGCGGAGCCACGACUAUAGGGUUUCAAAGCUCAAGCAACGUCGUGGUUUCCGGGCUGACGUCACUCAACAGCCAGAUGUUCCACGUCGUCAUCAACGGUUGCAACAACGUAAAGCUUCAAGGAGUUAAAGUAUUAGCCGCAGGAAACAGCCCCAACACAGACGGUAUCCACGUUCAGUCUUCCUCAACCGUCUCUAUCUUCAAUACAAAAAUUUCCACCGGCGACGAUUGUGUCUCCAUCGGUCCAGGAACUAACGGUCUAUGGAUCGAAAAUGUCGCAUGUGGUCCGGGUCACGGCAUCAGCAUUGGGAGCUUGGGGAAAGAUAGCGUGGAGGAAGGUGUACAGAACGUGACAGUUAAAACGGUGACGUUUACGGGAACAGAUAACGGAGUCAGGAUCAAAUCAUGGGCCAGGCCCAGUAGUGGAUUCGCUAGGGACAUCCGUUUUCAACAUUGUGUUAUGAACAACGUAGGGAACCCAAUCCUUAUCGACCAAAACUAUUGUCCUCGUAACGAAAAUUGCCCUCGCCAGGUUUCGGGUAUCAAAAUCAGCGAUGUGUUGUUCGUAGAUAUACAUGGAACAUCGGCGACUGAAGUUGGAGUGAAACUUGAUUGUAGUCCAAAGAAACCGUGUACCGGAAUUAGACUUGAGGAUGUGAAAUUAACGUACCGGAAUAAACCGGCUGCAUCGGCUUGUGUUCACGCAGGAGGAAUCGAAGCCGGAUUUCUUCAGCCAAACUGCCUUUGACAACAACAAUAUAUAUAUAUAAGAUUACUUAAAGUUUAUUAGCAGUGAUAUUGUAAAUUAUAGUUUCCUUGUUUAUGUUCCAAUACAUAUGGCUCGGGAUCACACGGAUGAAAGUUAAAAUGCAUGAGCCUGUGGCGUUUGAAGGCACACUUGAGCCUAGAGCCUGGCCUUGCUUUGUAGAUUAUAGUCCAUUGCAACCAUUGAUCGUUUUGAUAUGUGUUGUGGAAGUUGUGUUGUUAUUGAUUAAAUUUAAUAUUAAUCUCCUUUUUCUG